ACAAUGUCCAGAUCCAUUGGCUACCUCACCGCCAAACUCGCUCAGCAGGUAGACGAGGAGCUCAUGAGCACCGCCGGGGCGUUCAGCCUCGACCAGCUCAUGGAGCUCGCGGGCCUCGCGUGUGCGCAGACGCUCGAGCGGGUGUACAAGCGCGACAAGUACCCGCGCGUCCUCGUCUGCUGUGGGCCGGGGAACCAGGGCGGCGACGGGCUCGUCGCUGCGCGGCACCUGGGCAUGUUUGGGUACCAGCCGACUAUAUGGAUGCCGAAGCCGGGGUCGAAGGAGAUUUACAAACGCCUCCAAACCCAAUGCACCAACAUGCACAUCCCCACGCUCCCCUCGUCCCCGGACACCUCGUCCCUCCGGGACGCCCUCGCGCACUCGGACGUCAUCCUCGACGCGAUCUUCGGCUUCUCCUUCAAGCCGCCCGUGCGCGCGCCCUUCGACGCCGCCCUCCCGCUCCUCGCGCAGUCCGGGCUGCCCAUCGUGUCCGUGGACGUCCCGAGCGGGUGGGACGUCGAGAAGGGGAACGAGGCGGGCGUGGGGCUCGAGCCGGACGUGCUGAUCAGUCUGACGGCGCCGAAGGAGGGCGUGCGGGGGUUUAGGGGGAGGCAUUUUCUGGGUGGGCGGUUUGUGACCAAGGCGAUGGAGGAAAAGUUUGGCUUGAACUUGCCAGAGUACCCGGGCUCGGACCAGAUCGUCGAGCUCCCUCAAGCGGAUGAGGCUCAGAGGUUGUAGGACGGAGGACGAAUGAUGGUAGAAGUGUACAGAGUUGUAGGAAUACAAACGGAUAGGUGACCAUAAUACAUUUCAAAUCCAACCCAUGGAACACGAAGCACAAAGAUACAAUAUUCCCCUCAGACCCCAUGAAGCACGAAGAUACAAUGCAUCCCCUCGAACCAGCUCCGUGCUUCGCCUUCCACUUUCUAUACUCCGCCUCUAUCUCAUCCCGCGUAAACUCCCGCCCCUCCUUAUUCGCCUUCCGACGGAGCCUGCGGUUCUCCUUCCACCACUCCUC